AUGCCUCCUCAUCUUCAUCCACGGUCCCGCUCAACCCUUGGGCUCUUCACUGGGACUCUGAUUGCGUCUCUCGUGGUGGUCGGCCUGCCACACGUCUUUCCAUGCCCAUCGCCGCGACGCACAUUUGCCGACUCGGAGAUGAUCAUGACAGCAGACGGACAACACAUCUCACGAGUCCGUCGCCGCCGCCGGCGAGAUAUUGAAACCGAGACCGAGCCCGAGACCGAGACUGCUCGACCCGACCAGCCAUCGCCAGCGCCUGUCGAAGACGAGGUGUCCACAUUCUUCCAGAUGGAGGCCGAAGCUAAAAGACUUGCACAGCUAAACCACCAAUGCCCAGUCCCCAAACCAAGGGGGAUCAUCGGUGAACUACUUGGCUUCCACACUUCCAGUGACACAGAGCAUACCCAGGCUUCGGACGAGAGGAGGUAA